AUGGCUGAUGAUGAUUAUAUUGAAGAAUUUAAUAUCACAGAAAGUGAUUUAGAUUCUGCUUUUAAUCCAACACGUCGACGAGGACGACAAAGUAAAGAAGAAGCUAUUUAUGGUAUUUGGGCAACAGCAGCUGAACGAGCAUCAAAUCGUUCAACAACAUCAUCAUCAUCAUCAUCUUAUGGUCGAGUAUCUCAAGGAAUAUCAUUUGUUAGUGGUGGUGUUAAAUUAGGAUCAAAGAUUGAAAAGAAAAAAACAGAAACGAAAACAAAACCAGUUAUAAUUGAAAGUUAUGGUAGUGAUGAAGAUAGUGAUGAAAAAUUCGAUGAUGAAGAUGAUGAUGAUGAUGAUGUUAUUGAAGUAAUUGGAAAAAAAAGAAGAAAACGUGGUGAUAGUAGUGAUGAUGAUAAUGAUAGUGAUAUAGAAGAAGAACAAGAUGAAGUUAAUCAACCAAUUGGAUCUAGUGAUGAAGAAAUUGAAACACCAAUUGUUCAACGUCAACCACCAAAUGUUCAAUAUCGACGACCACCACCAACAAAUACAGGACCAAUUCAUGACAAAGAUUUUGGUGCAUUUGAAAAGCAUACAAGAGGUAUUGGUAUGAAGCUAUUAAUGAAGAUGGGCUUCAAAAAAGGUCAUGGCUUGGGAAAAGAUCUUCAAGGUCGAGCUUUACCUAUUCAAGUUGUGAAACGUCAAGGUAAAGGUGCAGUUGGUCGAUAUGGAAAUGAAGAUCCAAAUCGUGUUAAGCCCACUGCAGAACCUGAAAUCAGUGAAUCAACAAGAAGAUCAAAAAAAAGUGCUGGUCCUAGUGUACCACAAUGGAGAAAACAACAACGAGAAAAAGCACCUAAAGAACAAUAUGUUUAUAAGACUUUAAACGAUGUAUUAAAAGAACAAACAACUAAAUUUCAUAAUAAAAAACCUAGUGGAGAAACUCGAGAAAAAAUUAUUGAUAUGACUGGACGUGAACAACGUAUUCUUCAAAAUUAUGAUUCAAUAACAACAAAACAAUAUGAUAAUGAACAAGUAUUUUCAUUAAAUGAAUUAACACAUAAUCUUGAUUUAGUUAUUGAAUCAUGUGAAGAAUCAAUGAUUCGUUCACAUCGAAGACAAAAAUUUGAUGAAGAUACAACUGUUACAUUAAAAUACGAUUUAAAUUAUACACAACAAAUGAUGUCAGAUGAAGAAACAAGUAUAAAUCGAAUAAAUAUUCUUUUAAAUAUGAUUAAUCAAUGUGAACAAUGUGUUAAACAAGUUCAAAAUAUUUCUGAUUUAUUUUUUUUACAACGAAUUUUUGAAGAACUUAAAAAAAAUUAUGAAAAAGAAUAUAGAAAAUAUCAUUUAUGGGAUUUAGCUGUUCCUGUUUUACAUAGUCAUUUAAAACAACAUCUUUCGUUAAAUUGGAAUAUUUACAAUAAUGAUCAUGAAUUAAUUGAUUUAUUUUCUAAAUGGAAACAAAUACUUGAAGAUGAUACUAUUGAUUUAACAACUGAUAAUUCAAUAAAUUCAAAAGAAAAUAUGGAUCCAUAUCAUCGACUUAUAUGGGAUGUUUGGAUGCCAUUUUUACGAAAAUCUAUUCUUGAAUGGAAUCCACGUCAACCUGAUUAUUUAAUUGAUUUUAUUGAACAAUGGUUACCAUAUUUACCACCAUGGAUAAUUGAUAAUAUUCUUGAUCAACUUAUUUUUCCAAUACUUCAUCGUGAAGUUGAUGCAUGGAAUCCAUUAACUGAUUCAAUACCUAUACAUUCAUGGCUUCAUCCAUGGUUACCAUUAAUGAAAGAUCGUCUUGAACCACUUUAUCAACCGAUUCGUACAAAAUUAGGUCAAGCUUUACAAAAUUGGCAACCAUCAGAUUCAUCAGCUAAAGCUGUUCUUAUUCCAUGGCAAAAAGUUUUUAAACAAGGUACAUGGAAUGCAUUUAUGAAUCAACAUAUUGUACCAAAAUUAGUUUCAACAAUGCAACAAUUUAUUAUUGAUCCUCGACAACAAGUUUUAGAUCCAUGGCAUUGGUUUAUUGCUUGGUAUGAUAUGGUACCAUUACCAAGUAUGAUUGCAAUAUUAGAAAAAACUUUUUUUCCAAAAUGGCUUCAAGUACUUAAUAUUUGGUUAAAUACAAAUCCAAAUUAUCAAGAAAUUCAACGAUGGUAUAGUGGUUGGCGUUCAUUAAUUCCACAAACAAUUAUUAGUCAUACAAUAAUAAAAGAAAAAUUAACAGAAGGUUUAAUGAUGAUUGAUCGAAGAAUAUCUGGAACUGUUAAUGUUCAACAAUCAAUACCAAUACCUCCAUCUCAACCAUCUGUAAAUGUUAAUUAUGAAGCUAUUUAUAAUCGUGGUGUAGCAACAUCAUCAUCAACAGUUGUUUCAUCAUUUAAAGAUCUUGUUGAAAAGAAAGCUACAGAACAUAAUCUAUUGUUUUUACCAAUAACAAAUCGAACAUAUGAAGGAAAACAAGUUUAUCAAUUUGGAAAUGUGAAUAUAUAUAUUGAUAAAAAUGUUAUAUUUCUAUAUGAAAAUAGUCAAUGGAUGCCAGUACGUUUAAAUGAUCUUAUUAAAAAAGCAAUUUAA